ACACUCGCGGAUUCAAUAUCAAAUAUCAAAAUUUCUAGUGUGGGUGACCAACUGCUGUUCCAAAAAAAAGAGAAGGUGACCAACUGAACCUGCGCAUAUAAGGGAGUUCAAGGCUCCAAGAAAAGCUAGUAGGCAGGAAAUGGGCGGCCCUCACAGCGGCCGCCAGUCGCCGGCCCUGCCGUGGACGGUGCGCGCCAAGCUGGCUGCUCUCGCGGCUGUGCAACGCCGGGACGGCAGCUUCCGGCGGCGCCUCUUCUCGCUGCUCGACCGGCCAGCCACCGCCAAUCCCCGCCCGGACGCCUCGGGCGUGUCCUCCGCCGACGUCACCAUCGACGCCUCCCGCGGCCUCUGGGCGCGCGUCUUCGCCCCCUCGGCGCCGGCGCCGGCGGCACACGACGCCCCGCUCCCCGUCGUCGUCUACUUCCACGGCGGCGGGUUCGUGGCGCUCUCCGCGGCGUCGCGCCCCUACGACGCCCUCUGCCGGGAGAUCUGCCGCGCGCUCGGCGCCGUCGUCGUGUCCGUGGACUACCGCCUCGCCCCUCGCCACCGCUUCCCCGCCGCCUACGACGACGGCGUCGCCGCGCUGCGCUACCUCGGCGCCAGCAGCGCCCUGCCGGGCGUCCCCGCCGCCAUCGACCUCUCCAGCUGCUUCCUCGCCGGCGACAGCGCGGGCGGCAACAUCGCCCACCACGUGGCCCAGCGCUGGGCGGCGGCGCCGACGCCGCCGACGUCUUCGCCAACCGUAAGCCUCCGCGUCGCCGGCGUCAUCCUGGUACAGCCGUUCUUCGGCGGGGAGGAGCGGACGGGGGCGGAGGUGGCGCUCGACAAGGCGUGCCGCUCUCUGUCGGUGGCCGCGGCGGAUUACUAUUGGAGGGAGUUCUUGCCGGAGGGCGCCACCCGGGACCACGCGGCGGCGCACGUGUGCGGCGAGGACGCCGAGGUGGCCGAGUCGUUCCCGCCGGCGAUGGUAGUGAUCGGCGGGUUCGACCUGCUCAAGGACUGGCAGGCGGGGUACGUGGAGGCGCUGCGUGGGAAGGGGAAGCCGGUGAAGGUGGUCGAGUAUCCGGACGCCAUCCACGGCUUCCACACGUUCCCGGAGAUCGCCGACACCGGCAAGCUUGUGGAGGAGUUGAAGCUGUUCGUCGAAGAACACAGGUCUGAGCGUGUCCCCUAGAUUGUCCACCUUUGUACUUCUAGGUUUCCAUUGAGUUCAUGUAAGAUUAUGCAAGAUCAGGUAUGCUUUACUUGCGAAAAGAGUGCUUGCCAAGAGGCGCAGAUUUUACUUA